GCCGUCAUCUUUUUGGCCCUCGUGAGCUGCUGUCGCUGUAAUCCCCGCCUUUGUGGAUAUAAAGCGGCUGCGCAGAAUCAGUCGGUCUUCUCCCACGUCAACCAGAGCAACGGCUGCGUCCCACUCCACAGGAACUCAUUGUGACGAAUCAUGGCCGACCAGAAGGAGCGUACAUUUAUCGCCAUCAAGCCCGAUGGCGUGCAGAGGGGCAUCAUCGGAGAGGUCAUCAAGAGGUUUGAGCAGAAAGGCUUCAAACUUGUCGGGAUGAAGAUGCUCCAUGCAUCUGAGGAACUCCUGCUGCAGCACUACAUCGACCUGAAGGAUAGACCAUUCUUCCCAACCCUCAUCAACUACAUGAGCUCUGGUCCAGUGGUUGCCAUGGUGUGGGAAGGCCAGGGUGCAGUGAAGACGGGCAGAGUGAUGCUGGGUGAGACCAACCCCGCUGACUCCAAGCCUGGAACCAUCAGAGGGGACUUCUGCAUCGACGUUGGCAAGAACAUCAUCCAUGGCAGCGACUCAGUGGAAAGUGCCAACAAGGAGAUUUCCCUGUGGUUCAAGGACGACGAGCUGGUCACCUACACGAGCUGUGCCUUCGCCUGGCUCUACUAAACCUCUGCAGCGCCCCCACACUCCUCAGGGGACCAGUGACACUUUUGCCUCAGUUUUUCCUGUUUUUUUUUUUUUUUUUUGCCCGUAGCCUAGAGGGCCGAAGAACUAACGUGUGAAGUUCUUCAUGUCCAACUCACAUUUCCAUCAGCCCUCUCCUCAUCGUCAUACUGUACUCGGAUGUCCAGAUCUAGUCCGGAUUCAUUCCUGAUCUCCUUCAUUCCUUUAGAAACAUUCCUCCAUCCCAUCGAUGUACAGUUAAUGACUCGUCCAGCCUUUGACUGUCAGUUUUGUUAAACAGUGAAUCUGCUUUCCAAUAAAACUGUACACAACA